AUGAAGAGAUCGACAAGCAGCGGAUCACUCCCUCCUCCCUUUGGUGCUCCUGAUCUUAUUGACUAUCAUGAAGCUCAAACUGGAGAUACCAGAGAUGAAAGGGAAGUCAAGGAGCCUUGUAGGAGAUGCUUUAGCGCUAAUUUUCCAGAACAUAGCGACGGUGAUAGUAGGCCUGGUGAUAGCCUUCACGACCAAUUGGUUGCUAGCCAUCAUAAUCCUUCUUCUUCUGCCGCUUGUUGGUUUGCGAGGAUUCCUCUCGAUGGGUUCUACAAAGGGUUCAGUGCAGAUGCCAAGGUUAUGUAUGAAGAAGCUAGUCAAGUGGCAAAUGAUGCUGUCAGCAGCAUCAGAACUGUUGCGUCAUUUAGUGCUGAAGAGAAGAUAAUGAAAAUGUACAAGGAAAAAUGCGAGGCUCAUGUGAAGCAAGGAGUUCUGAUUGGACUUACUAGGGAGCUCGUUCUUUUGCACAAAUUCCUUCAGUUUCUACAUUGGAUCUGUUCUGAUUCAACAUGGGAAAGCAUCCUUUGGGGAUGUGUUCUAGCUAUCGGAGUUUCUCAAGCUAGUGCAAUGGCUCCUGACGUGAACGAAGCUAAGGAUUCUGUUGCUUCUACAUUUGAGAUUCUGGAUAGUAAACCCGAGAUUGAUUCAAUUAGUGAAGAAGGCACUACAUUGUCUAGUGUUAGAGGUGACAUUGAGUUUCAACAUGUAAGCUUCAAGUAUCCAACACGGCCAGACAUCCAAAUCUUCAAGGAUUUGUGCCAAAGUAUGCCUUUUGGGCAGACAAUGGCUCUAGUUGGAGAGAGUGGAAGUGGGAAGUUCACAGUUAUCAGUUUGAUACAAAGAUUCUACAAUCCCGACUCUGGCCAAAUAUUCUUGGAUAGAGUGGAAAUCCGAAAAUUGAAGCUAAGUUGGCUGAGGCAGCAAAUGGGAUUAUUGAGUCAAGAACCUAUACUUUUCAACGAAACAAUCUGUGAAAACAUUGCACAUGGGAAAACAGGGGAUGGAGCUGAAGAGGAGAUCAUUUCAGCAACAAGAGCUGCUGAUGCACACAACUUCAUAUCAGGAUUGCCUCAAGAAUACGUACUAACGAAGCCUUUUGCAGCUCAUCUCCUGACUACAAUAAUGGGGACAGACACCAUUGCUGUUGUGAAGAAUGGAGUCAUUGUUGAAAAGGGAAGUCACGAUGUGCUUGUGAAAAUGAAAGAUGGGGUGUAUGCAUCAUUGGUUGCUCCACAUUGUUGUUCACAAUAA